UCCUUAGCACACGCAAUAUUGCUUCUCUAAACCUCCAAUCACAUCACCAUCAUCACAUCAUGGAAGAAGCACUGCGCCGUCUCAACGGCAUGCCCUCUAUCCAAGACACCGACGACCACGACUCCGACCACCACCGUCACAAGAAGUGCGCCACCAAGAGGAUCCUGAGAGAUACUGGCACCUCCGCCGGCACCACCAUAAGGUACCGUGGAGUCCGCCGCAGGCCGUGGGGCCGUUACGCUGCCGAGAUAAGGGACCCGCACUCCAAGGAGCGCCGCUGGCUGGGCACCUUCGACACGGCGGAGCAAGCCGCCUGCGCCUACGACUGCGCUGCCAUAGCCAUGCGCGGAGCUAAAGCCCGAACCAACUUCGCCUACCCCGACGCCGCCACCACCACCACCGAGCCACACCUCUAUCACCCCUUCAGCAUCCCGAACCCAAAGCAAACUCCGCAGCACCGCCACGUUAACAAGCUCAACCGCCACCUGAGCGGCGGUGAUAGCGUACCUGCAUCCGCAUCACCAACCAUGCAGCCGCAGCAGCACCACAACGCUCCCCUUAACAUGGUUCUAUUUCGUGACUACCUUAACUCUUCCAGCUCCUCGAACCCGUUUAUGGUUCCUUCUUCUACAACUCAACAGCAGUUUAUUCACAACAACAACACUUGUUCAAUCCCUUCUACUUGUCUCCAUGGUUGCUGCUUUGUGACUUCUUCCCCCGGCGGCAACACUGUUAUGAAUAACGCUGUUGGCGCCAGUAGGGAAGAAGUCACCGAUGAAGGUGUUGAAGAAGAUUCUGAGUUCUUCCCGAUAGAAGCUUCGGACUCUGGGUUGUUGGAAGAGAUAGUUCAUAAGUUCAUGAGAAAGCCAAAACCAAAACCCGAGACUAAUUUGUCCGUCCCGGAAGAUUCACUUCCUCAACAAACAUCUUAUGAUCAUACAAGGACGAGGCUUCCAGUGGCCGAGAGUUUUGGUUUUGGUCCCCACGGUCUGAAUGGGUUCAACUUGAACAGUAACACCGCGCAUCAGGCUGGUGCUGCGUCUAAGGGGAGUGACCCGUUUCACAUGAUGAAUCACGCAGAUCGCGCUAUCAUGGAGGAUAUUCUUCGCCAUCCAGAACUUUUUAAUUCACUUGCAGCCAGGAUGCAAAAUGCUUAGCUUAUAGCCCUAUGUCUAAUUUUAUUUUAUGUUUUAUUUUAGUUAUGGGUAGCAAGCUAACUUAAUUAGCAAGUCCAGUCUAAGCUUCUUUUAAUGUAUUAAUCAAGCUAUCUCUAUGACCUUAAUUUUCUUGA